AUGUCGUCGGUAGCACGCCGCGCACCAAACUGUUGGUCGAGCAUCCCCACCGAGCUCGCGGGCGUCGUGCUCCGCCGCCUCCCUUGCCAUGCCGACCGGGUCCGCUUCGCGGCCGUCUGCAAACAGUGGCGCGCCUCUGCGCGGCAGAGCUCUCCGCCUUUGCACUACCCAUGGCUCGCUUUGCCUGACCGGACAUUCUACAGCCUGCCCGGCUCCGCCUUCCAGCCGCUGCCGCUCCACCUCGACCGCCACCGGCAGCUGCCGCAGGCGCAGAGCUCUUGCGGCGAGUGGCUCGUGUUUGAGCGCUUCGACGGCGCCUACACGCUGGUCAGCCCUUUCUCCAUGUCCACCACCAUCCUGCUCCCCGGCCUCUCCGACACAUACGCCCCCAACGUGCCUCUCCUCGUCGCGAACGACCAGCCGGUGCCCGACAUGCUGAAGCUCGUCGUGUGCUCUGACAACCUCGUCGCCGCGAUCGUCAAUGAUAACGAGGCGUUGACGUAUCGCAGCAAGCUUGCCUUGUGCCGGCCAGGAGCGUCCUCGUGGUGGUCCAGCACACCCGACGAGCUUCGCCACCUCCAAGACAUUGUCUCGUGCGGGGGAAAGCUCUACGCCCUCGACAAGUUCAACGGGCUCUUCUCCGUCUCCAUCGGCACGGGCAGGCGCACCGGCGAUCCGACCGUGUCACGGGUCGAGCACCUCAUGGGUAGCCCCCGUGGGGUCCUCAAACACUCGUCACAGUACCUGCUAGAAUCUAGCGGCACGUUGCUGUUGGUCUGCAGGGAGGACGUGAUGUUCGAGGGGUGCAGCAGCGGCUCGAUGAGUGCACUCAUGGACGGGCUGGAGCUGGAGCUGGAGCUGGAGUUCGAGGUACUCAAGGCGGACUUGGAGAGGUCUCGAUGGACGGACGUAAGGAGCGUGGGCGACGACCGGGUGCUGUUCGUCGGGCCAUGGUGCUCCCGGGCGGUUCACGUUAGUGGCGCAUGCGAGCAGGACUGUCUCUACAACGGGGACCGUAUCUUCUUCAUGGUGGAUGUUAGCGCGAAAAGAUACAAUCAUCGGUACUACGGCUACGGGGCACAACGGGAGCCCUUCUACUGCAUCGUCUACGACAUGUGGACGCAGCGGUCGGAGUUGUUCCUGGAGACGACGGCGCGCCCGUUAAAGGGCUUCCCGGUGACAUGGCUAUUCCCUCCAAGUCAAGGAUAG